AUGAGUACUACUAUAAACAUAGAUCCCUCAGCCGUUAAUGAUUUGCCACCACCCAAAGACUUCGCCGACGACAGUACCGCAACUGGGCGCAGAAGACCUCGAGUUCCUUACAUCAUCCUAAAGAGUUGUGUAUGCAUCAUAGCUCUUGUCCUGCUUGUGGAAUUUACUGAUUCCCAGAGGAUCACGGCCAACUGGACGGUCGGAUUCAAGGUCGAGAAUCCCAACAGGAGGAGCUCCAUUAGUUACACGGAUGGCGGCGAGGUGUCGGUAUCUUACUUCGGGUACAACAGCCUCGGCGAGACGGGAAUCGCACCUUUCUUCCAAAGCCCGAAGAACAGCACAACACUGGUCGUAGAACCAAAGGCUCUUUUCCGUAACAUCAGCGAAUCGAAGGCUGGAGUCGCGAUUUGGGAAGAUUUGCAGGACGGAGUCAUCUCUUUCGACGUGAAUAUUAGGUUAGAGUACCAGUAUGGGAAUGGUGGAAAGCAUAAGGAAAAUUAUCUUUGCGGAGAUAUGGAGUUGUUUUAUGCUCCUUAUGAUCCAACGGGUUUUGGAAGAAUGCGGCAAAGAUCCAAGUCAUGUCAACAUUACACCCAUAACUGA